GCGGGCAACAUUGGUAGAAACCGCCAAUCGCCAUUUGUUUUGAGGUUAAGUUCCUCAAAAAGACGCCGCUUUUGUUUUUACUUUUUAAUACAAAAUAACACACAAAAAUGAAGCUAGUUAGAUUUUUAAUGAAACUCAGUCACGAAACAGUGACAAUAGAGCUGAAGAACGGGAGUGUAGUACAUGGAACUAUUACCGGCGUCGAUGUUGCAAUGAACACGCAUCUGAAAGCAGUUAAAGUUACAUUGAAAAAUAAAGAAGAACUACAGUUGGAGACAUUAAGUAUACGCGGGAACAACAUUAGAUACUUUUUAUUACCAGACAGUUUGCCUUUAGAAACUUUGUUGAUCGACGAUGCUCCCAAAGGGCGCGGUAAACGCGAGGGCUUUCCAAGAGGCGGCGCGAGAGGCGGACGAGGGCGAGGACGCGGAGGGCGCGGAGGACCCAGGGGCGGCCGGGGUGGCCGUGGUCGUGGACGGCGAUAAACGUUUACCUCAUAAGUCAAGUUCCAAAAUAUUUGUGAUGAGUUUCAAAGUCUUAUUAAGUUAGGCUAUAUUAUUAAGUGUCUGGUGAUUUCCAAAUAAAACAAUCUGAAGUUCUCCUCUGCAGAAUGUUAUGUUUCUUCACAAUACAGUGUAAAUUUGUAUUAAAAGUGUGUUUUUAAUUUUAUUAUCAUCCUAUAAAACAAUCAUAGACAAGCAAAUUUGUUACAACUUUUAUUGACAAAUAAUUACAUUGUAAAUUGUACUUGAAUCUGUGGUCAGUUCCCAAAGAACACCGUGAGAAAUUGCAUAGGUUUUAAAAAUAUUCUUAAUUAUUACAGUGUAAGAGCAGAAAACAUAUUUUAUUUAAAAACAUCAUUUUUUGCAGCUUAUAAAUAGAUUUUCUUUCUAAACAAUUGUAAUAAAUUACAUUAUUAAGGCAUAAAAAAAUAUUUUGUGAUUGGGAGUGUCAAGCAAGUUGAUGGAAAGUUAUAAUAAUUACCUAUAAACAUCACAGAAUAGCAUCACUAUAGGAAAAUGAUAUGUGCCAUGUGUAUGAGACCAUGCAGUUUUACUUGAUUAUUCAGUUAUUUAUUUUUUUCUAAUAUAACAUCCUUCGUAAGGGUGCAUAUCUUUAGUUCGUGAAUUAGUUUAGAUGAGUGCUCUGAAAGACUAAAUAUGUGAAGUUAUUAUCACAUCUUUUGGUCUUUAGUUAAUUUGAUAUAAUGUAAAAAGUCAUUAGAAAACAUGAAACUCUAAUCAUGAGAGAAGGAACUAAUACAAUGUAAUAUUGCAACAAUCUUAAUUGGGCAAUUGAGUCAUAAACUCUUAAAAACAUGAAGACUAAAGUUGCAAGUAAAUAAAAAGUUUAAUAAUUUUUAUUGUUCAACAAUAAUAAUGUAAUUUUUUUUUAUUUACACUUUUUCUAAUUGAGGCCCAGUAAACAGUCUUAUAAUGCCUUUGACUAUAGAACAUAUAUGAUAGUAAUAUAGAGUAAUAAAUAACCGUUAUGACUAUUUUUUAUUUAUAUAUUUUUUAAGUAAGAUAAGUAUAUUGGGUUGCACUAAUAUUCUGUCUACAAAUACAAACAUGUUUUAUCAAAGUUAAUAUACAAAUUGUGACUAGGUAGAUGACUCAUCUAUGCUACAAAGCAGUUUGCCUUGUAACCUUUUUCUAGUAUAAAA